UGUCCGGCUCUGGCUGCGGCGGUCCGACUGCGAGAGCGGCGGCUGCGGCGGCGGCGGCGCGGGGCUUCUGUGAGCGUCGCUUGGCCGAGACCAUGGCUGGAGGCAAAGCUGGAAAAGACAGUGGGAAGGCCAAGGCUAAGGCAGUGUCUCGUUCACAGAGAGCUGGGCUCCAGUUUCCUGUGGGCCGCAUCCACAGACACUUGAAGACCCGCACCACAAGCCAUGGACGGGUGGGCGCUACUGCUGCUGUGUACAGUGCUGCAAUUCUGGAGUACCUCACAGCUGAGGUGUUGGAGUUGGCGGGUAAUGCUUCUAAAGAUCUCAAAGUGAAGCGCAUCACCCCACGUCACUUACAGCUUGCAAUCCGAGGUGAUGAAGAGCUGGAUUCACUUAUCAAGGCUACCAUAGCCGGGGGCGGUGUGAUCCCGCACAUCCACAAGUCUCUGAUCGGAAAGAAGGGGCAGCAGAAAACUGCUUAGGACGUGAGUCACUGACCUGCUCUCCUCACUGUCUGUACUUGGGGCAGAGGGUACCAGUGCACUGUGUGGAAAAGCAUAGACAAUUGCUGUAGACAAGAUAAAAGACACAUUUGUAUGUUUUUAGACUCUCGAAGUUUGAUAAGUCCCUUUCCCUGUGGUCACAGUCAUGUGUUGAUUGGCCAGGUUUCUCCCUUGUGUUUUAUACAAAAAUAGAAUUGAUAAAACAUUUUUUACAAAAGUAA